AUGGCAUGUGAUAUUGACCAGUCUUUCCCUACAGAUAAGGAAGCUGCAUCAUCAUCCUUUCCUCCUCUUGAUAAUAUUUCAUCAUCAGUGCCAUUUCCUGAUGACUACAACCUGUUUCAGGAAUUGAUAGUUCGAAUGAGAAAUUAUUUGGAACUGGACACUACUAUAGUUCAGGAGAAGACACAUUGUUUCUUUAAUGUCUUGAAGACUGAGGAAAAGAUGAAGAUUACCUUUCCCAUUAAUGAAGAUGGUACUAGACAGGAGGAAGUGGAAGGUGAACUUAGUGAAGAAGAACACUGGUUUGGAAACUCUUCAGAGACCCCAUCGGAAGCAUCAUAUGGAGAAGUCCAGGAAAACUUCAAGUUAUCUCUUGAGGAUAGAAUCCAGGCGCAGUCCACUUCUCCGGAUACUUCUCUGGGAAGUGCAACUCCUAGCAGCAACACGCUGGAGCUGAUAGCUAUUGAAAAUGAGGCUUUAAGAGAGACGUUACAGAGCAAAGAACACCUUUCUCCUGAUGUGUCGUCUUUGUGUGAAGAUGAAUCUCCUGGCCCAAAUAAGCCACUGAGCAGUAACCUGAGAAGGCUUCUGGAGGCCGGUUCUCUCAAGCUGGACACUGCUGUUACAGUCAAUGGCAAGGUCGAGUCCCCUGUAAAUGUUGGUUCAAAUCUCUCCUUUUCUCCACCUUCUCAUCAUGCCCAGCAGCUAAGUGUUCUUGCCAGAAAGCUUGCUGAGAAACAGGAACAAAAUGACCAAUACAAUGCAAAUAAUCGGUUUAUAUGGAAUCAAGGUAAGUGGUUGCCAAACUCAACCACCACCUGUGGUUUGUCCCCAGAUUCAGCUAUCCUGAAAUUGAAAGCCGCAGCCAAUGCAGUUCUUCAGGACAAAUCACUUUCAAGGACUGAAGAUACUAUAAGAUUUGAAUCCUUUUCUUCACCUUUUAAUUCUCAGUCUGCCAGCUCAACCUUAGCAGCUUUAUCAAAGAAAGUUAGUGAAAGAAGCAUGACUCCUGGGCAGGACCACCCACCUCCAGCCAGUUCUUUCCUUUCCCUGGCCUCAAUGACCUCCUCAGCUGCCCUACUCAAGGAGGUGGCUGCAAGGGCUGCAGGCAGCCUGUUGGCUGAGAAGAAAAAGUCACUAGUUGCAGAGGAUCCCCUGCAGAUUUCAGAGAUGAAGCAAGAGAAAGUAACUCCACCACAGUCUUUGGAAUUAUUGCUACUUCCAGUCCCUAAAGGAAGAAUUUCUAAGCCCACUAAUACAGCCUCAGAAGAAGAAGGAGGAAAACCUUUUCAGUGUCCAAUCUGUGGGUUGGUUAUAAAGAGGAAGAGUUACUGGAAACGACACAUGGUGAUUCAUACAGGUUUAAAAAGUCAUCAGUGCCCACUCUGUCCAUUUCGCUGUGCACGCAAGGACAAUCUCAAAUCACACAUGAAGGUUCAUCAGCACCAAGACAGGGGAGAAACCUUCCAAUGCCAGCUAUGCCCUUUCACUUCUUCACGCCACUUCAGCCUGAAACUCCACAUGCGUUGCCAUCAGCACUUCCUCAGGACAGAAGCGAAAGUGAAAGAGGAAAUCCCAGAAACUGAAGUCAAGGGGUCGCCACAGCUAAAUAAUGAUUCCUGCCCUGGGCAACAGAGGGAAAGAGGAUCUGAGCUUACAGGGACAGCAUCUGUGUCUAAAACACUUGAGGUGGCUGGGCAGGCCAGUGCUGGUGUCCCACCUUUAGUAGUAAAGGAAGAACCCAAAGAUGACAACAGCAUCUCAGCUACAUCCUUUGCUUUCAGCACUGUUGACAGAGCCACGAACAACACAAAGCUGAAAGACUCCUCUGACUAUGUGGCCAAUACAGCCUCAGCACUAUUCAGCCAGGACAUCUCUGUCAAGAUGGCAUCAGAUUUUCUCAUGAAGCUGUCAGCUGCAAAUCAAAAAGAGCCCUUGACUGCUACAUUUAAAGUGAAAGACGAGCCUCGGGAUGAAGAAGCUGCAAGCUCAACCUUGUCUCAGUCCAGCUACAUGUUCAACCAGGGACCCGAAGCCUCAGCCCCAAGCAUCCCUGAGGAGACUGUCAAGCCACAGGAAGUGCAGACAAAUGUGUUAAGGCAGGACAUGUCCAUCAAGGCAGCAUCUGAGCUCCUCAUGAAGCUAUCAGCUGAAAGUUACAAGGAAACCCAGAUGGUAAAGAUUAAAGAAGAACCAAUGGAAGUUGACAUUCAUGAGUCCCAGCCCUCAGUUUCACCCAGCCAGACUGUUGGUUACAGCACUUUAUUAGGGAGAGAGAUUACUGAACACAUACAAAAGGUACCAGAGGGCCGAGUGCUCCCGGAGAGAAACCUCUUCAGCCAGGAUAUAUCAGUGAAGAUGGCUUCAGAGCUGCUCUUCCAACUGUCAGAAAAGGUGAGCAAAGAGCACAAUCACACUAAAGAUAACACCAUCAGAACCACAACCAGCAGCACUUUUGCUAUUAAAUAUGGGUUUAAAUCAGAAAUCUUGCACCAAACAUGCUCACCUAUUUUAAAAAAGACUUUGUAUUUAUGCAUUUUUGGUAUAGACACAGAAAGGAUAGGGCUGGAUGCAGGAAACGGAUUGCCAUCUUGGAAAUUUAAUGACCAGCUCUUUCCCUGUGACGUGUGUGGAAAAGUGUUUGGCCGACAGCAGACAUUGUCCCGACAUCUCUCACUGCACACAGAAGAGAGAAAAUACAAAUGCCAUUUGUGCCCCUAUGCUGCUAAGUGCCGUGCUAAUCUGAACCAGCACCUGACUGUCCAUUCUGUGAAGUUAGUGAGUACAGACACUGAGGACAUUGUCAGCGCUGUCACUUCUGAAGGCAGUGGAAAGAAGCAUCCUUAUUAUUACAGCUGUCACGUAUGUGGAUUUGAGACAGAGAUGAAUGUCCAGUUUGUCAGUCAUAUGUCCCUUCACGUGGAUAAAGAGCAGUGGAUGUUUUCUAUUUGCUGCACAGCCUGCGAUUUUGUCACCAUGGAAGAGUCAGAUAUGAAGGCUCAUGUCAGCACCAAGCACACAGGUGAAGAGCGGAAGACACCCAGUGAAUCAAACAGCCCUUCUUCAUCUUCUCUGUCAGCACUUAGUGAUUCUGCCAAUAGCAAAGAAGAUGCAGAUGUUACCCAAAAAAACAAGGGUUCAAACAACCUACUAGUAAUUUCCGUAGUGCCUGGUAGCCAGACCUUAUUGAACACUGAAGAGAAAUCAGAGAAAGGUUUUGAAUGUGUUUUCUGUAACUUUGUCUGCAAAACAAAAAACAUGUUUGAGCGCCAUUUGCAAAUCCACCUGAUUACACGGAUGUUUGAGUGUGACGUGUGCCAUAAGUUCAUGAAGACACCUGAGCAAUUAUUGGAGCACAAGAAAUGCCACACUGUCCCCACCGGUGGGCUCAAGUGCCCAUUCUGCAUUUACUCCACAAAUCGCCCUGCAGCAAUGGAAUGCCACCUGAAGACCCACUACAAGAUGGAGUACAAGUGUCGGAUCUGCCAGAUAGUGAAAGCAAAUCAGCUGGAGCUAGAAAUGCACAUCCGGGAACAUCGUCUUGGUAACCAUUACAAAUGUGACCAGUGUGGCUAUCUUUCAAAGACAGCCAACAAGCUGAUAGAGCAUGUGCGUGUCCAUACUGGGGAGCGCCCUUUUCACUGUGACCAGUGUAGCUACAGCUGCAAACGCAAAGACAAUCUCAACUUACACAAGAAACUGAAGCAUGCUCCACGCCAGACUUUCAGCUGUGAUGAGUGCCUGUUCAAGACCACCCACCCUUUUGUCUUCAGCCGCCAUGUGAAGAAGCACCAGAAUGGGGACUGCCCCGAAGAAGAGAAGAAGGGCCAGUAUUCAACCUCUAAGCAAGCCAGCCCUCUCCUAACAGUCAAUAGCUCCAGGAACCUCUUGUCACCCCUCUCAGUCAUGUCUGCCUCCCAGGCUCUGCAAACGGUGGCCAUGUCAGCUGCACACAGCAGUGGAGCAGAGCCAAACUUGGGAGUGAAGGCCUUGGCCAUAAAUGGCACCUCUUUGUGCUUUGAUAAAUACUGGAACUCUGAUUUUGCCCAUCUCAUUCCCUUAACAAUGUUUUUCCCCAAGAACCACUUUGAUCUCACAUUCCAUCCACCCAGACCUCAGACUGCACCUCUAGGUGGCACCUCACCUAAACACUCCUUCCUCGCCUACCUUGGACUAACAGAAAGGGCAGAAACUGUCUGAGGACAGUUACAUUCUGUACCAAAAAUAUCCCAACAAACCCAGCAGGUAUACAUUGCUGCAAAACCUAGACUGAAGAGGUAUGAACACUUGUACUAUAUAUCAUUAGUAAGAUUUAGAAAAUGGCUCUGUGUGUAUACUUAUUGCAUUGACCUGAAAGCUGCUUUAUUAAAUCUUCAGAGAGGUGAACCUACUGCAUACUUCUACCUUCAGAGGCAUGUUCCCAGUACUCUUAUCUAAGAAACAAUUUUGUCUUGUUAAGCUGAACAAGAGUGUCCUUAAUGGCAAUCAGCACUUGUAAGAUUACAUAUUGAUGCGUUUUAUUUUUGGUUUGUGUGUGAGUGCGAAUGUGUGAACGAGAGCCUGUCUGUAGUGUGCCAUGACGUUGCUUUUGCACAUCCUUUGUAUUGGCUUAUUUAAUAAUUAUUUUUAAAAAAUUCCCUUUUCAUUUACUUUCCUCCUUCCUUCUGCCUCCCCCAACCCUCCUUUUCAUUUUAGAAUUUCGUAACUCUGUGAUUGUUGAGAAGAGCAAUGCUUGGUUCAGUGAGGAUUGGUAUAUUGGCUCAGUGCUGUUUGCAGUUUCCUAUAGUGUGUUUGGUGCCUUGUCCUCAGAUCAUCAGUUGUAAAGAUUUGAGGAUUAAGGUGGAACAGAUCUGGAAGAAAUUACUUUCAGCACUGUAAGAUGAGUGUGUGAAAUUGA